ACGCGGUUCCGUUUUAGCCGUCUGUCGUACGUUGAACGUUGUGCAAAAGAAUAUUUGUUUUGCUUUGACAGCGAUAUAUAAAGGAAGUGACUUUGUGGGAUUUUACUCGUCACAUCAGCAUGGAGAUCUUGGGGCUAGUGUACGUCCCGCUGUGUCUCCUGCUUGCUUUAGCGACAGCCGUUCUGUUAUACAUAUAUGCAACCUGGACCUACAGCUACUUCAGGGACCGGGGCAUCACAGGACCACCGCCAGCACCCCUUUUUGGACACACCACUGGCGUUAGUUUCUUCCACAAACUCAAAGACUGGAAACGACAAUAUGGAGAUGUAUAUGGGGUAUUCAUUGGAAGAAAGCCAGCCCUUGUUAUAUCCGAUCUGGACAUUCUGAAGGAGGUGUUUGUCAAGAGCUUCAGUACUUUCAGGAACCGGAUUAAAUUCCUACUCAUUCCCUACCCACUGAGUGUGAGUAUAUUUUUCCUGGAAGAUGCCCCCUGGAAGAGGGUGAGAAGCAUUAUCUCACCCAGUUUCAGCGGUGGCAAACUGAGACGGAUGUGUGCUGCCAUCAACGACUGUGGAAAGACUCUGUCCAAUAACUUCUCUAAAACCUUUGGGGAAAAGGAAGGGGUGGAUGUGAAAGAAUACUUUGGAGCUUACACUAUGGAUGUCAUUUCUCAAACUGUCUUUGGUAUAAAGAUCGAUUCUCAAAAUGAUUUGAACCACCCUUUUGUCACUCAUGCUAAGGCGAUAUUUUCACUAUCAAAAGCAAGAAGGAUGUUGCCAAUACUAGCAGGUUUGGUUCCUCCACUUGAACGGAUCCUACUGAAGAUGGGAAUAGGACUAUUUCCUCAAAACGUUAUCAACUUUUUUCAGACGACUGUCAUCGAAAUUAUGAAACAGCGACAGAAUGACACAAAGGAACAGCAAGAGCAGAGAAAUGACUUUCUGCAACUCUUGAUGGAUGCUGAGAUUGAGGACGAUGCAGAUGAAAAUAUUGCCACAGCCAGUGGUCAGAUCUCGGAAAAACAUACAGUGAGACGUCUAACAACAGAUGAAAUAGUUGGCCAAGGGAUAAUUUUCUUCAUUGCUGGCUACGAAACAACUGCGUCGACAUUGGCCUUUGUGUCACACAGUCUCGCCGUGAACCCAGAUGUACAGGAGAAGGCGUAUAAUGAAAUCAAAGCAAUGCUUGGAAAUGAGGAACCCAACUAUGACAACAUAGGGAAACUGAAGUAUCUGGACAACGUCAUCACCGAGACACUCAGACUCUACCCCCCAGGUCUUGUGUUAAGUCGCAGAGCUUCAGAUACUAUUCAGAUCAAAGACUUAACAAUCACUAAGGGACAAAUUGUCUUUGUCCCAGUGUUUGCCAUGCAAAGAGACCCCCAGCUCUUCAAGGAUCCAGAUUCCUUCAAACCAGAAAGACAUGAUGAAAAGUCCAAUCCACUGUCCUUCCUGGCUUUCGGAUAUGGUCCUAGAAUGUGUAUUGGGAUGCGGCUAGCGCUGGUGGAGGCAAAGAUUGCCCUGAUUCAUCUUCUGAGAACUACAAAGCUGGAACCUAUGCCAGACACACAGGAAGUAUUGACGUUUAAGGUGGCCAACGUUCUUCAAACAGAAAAGGACAUCAGACUGAAAUUAUCUCCCAGGUGCUAAGCAAGGUGAAGAGGCACCAGCAGCUCAUGUAAUGAUAAUAUCAAAGGGAAAAAGCCUAUUGGAUAACUUACAAAACUAUAUCUCUAUGAAGAGUCCAUGUUUGUUUGUUGAAGAGUCCAUGUUUGUUUGUUGUUUAACGCCACACUAAGCAAUAUUACAGCUAUUUGAUGGCGGUCUGUAAAUAAUUGAGUCUGGAUCAAACAAUCCAGUGAUUAACAUCAUGAGUAUCGAUCUGUGGAAUGGUGAGACGAUGACAUGUAUCAACAAAGUCAGCGAGCAUGUCAACCUGAUCCUGUUAGUCACAUCUGAGCGACAAGCAUAGUCGCCUUUUACAACAAGCAUUGGUUGCUGAAGACCAAUUCUACCCCAGAUCUUGAACAAUUCUUCGUCAUACAGAAGUGUUAAAUCAGUAGAUUAUCUGUUACUCAAUGUUUUUCAAUGGUUUUCAAGUUGGGAAAUAUCUGCUUUCUGUGAUUUGACACAAUCAUGUUUCUAUCAUGUUUCUAUCAUGCUGUAAUGUGCUCCCUUCCAAAUUGAAACUAUAAGUUAAAGCAGGAAUCUAUAUGCCAAAGAAUUCAGUGUGAAACCAACAAACAAAGAAAUGUAACACAACUAACAAUUGUAUUAUAAAAGUAACUAGGUUUACAAAUCAAUGCAAAUUACUGCAUAGUAAUUACAAUGGCAGUACACAAUAGAGUUGCAGUACAAAAUUCAGUGGCAAUACAAUUACAAUUGCAGUAUAGCAUAUGAUAGCAGUGGUAAUAGCAAUAAAGUCUAAUAAUAUUCACCUAGCAGCAACAGUGGUCAAAGCUUCCAAAAUAGGCCUAGGCUGGAUAUCCAGGGUGAAAAUGUGACCUUCACACAACCACUGGUCUUGAUGUAAUGUGAGAUGAGAGAGGCAUGCACUUACCCACUUAUAUAGUCUAAAUCCCUUCUAGAAGGUUCCACACCAUGCUGGAUUAGUCUGUAGCUGUUCUAGUAUAGAAAAUUAGUGACUUCCACAGCACUGCUUAUAUUUGAUAGCAAUACAUUCCUGACAACUAAUGAUUGUUAAAACACAGAAACAAUGUAAUACAAUAACAACAUUGUUUAACAAUAAAUGGCACUGCCAUAUAAAAAUAUUCUCGGCAUGUAAUUUUAACUAUUGCAGUGGUUAUUUUUCUCAUCCUGCCUUGACCAUAUGAUGAUAGUGUAUGUUUGUUGAUACAGAGUAUGUUGACUGUGUCAUAGCGAUUGCUUUGAUAAAUCGAGAAUAUUGGCCAGGUAUUUUUCUGAUUUGGCAAGUAUAAUACCUAUUUUUUUAUUUCUAUCAUGAUAUUCAGGUGCUUAUCCAGGACUUUAAAAAGGGGGGUUCCACUUGGGCCAUUUGUAUCUUCCACCAAAAAAUCACAAACACAAUACGUAAACCAUUAUUAGUUUUAUUUUAACAAUCAAAUCAACAUGUUAUCAUCGUAGGCAAUGCGCAUACAAAAUGUCAACAGAUGUAAACAAGGGGUGGUGGCAACCUUCAGAGCAACCCCUCUGGAUCCGCCACUGAUGUUUAUGAUAUGGAAACACAAGGGUAAUAAUCUCAUUAUCAUUUAACUAAAAAUAAUCAAUAUGUACCAAUGCAUAAUAUGUAUAGAAUAACACCAGGCCUUGUGUUGUCACAUCAGAACAUGGUGGUGCAGGCAUCGACCCACACAGUUCAGGGCGACACACCAAAACAACCUACCAACCAAUACAAUUAUAUUGUGCACAACAAUUAUUUCUGCUCGGAAAUUAUUGUGCACUUUGAUAUGUAUUGGGGUAAAACAAAAGUUACACCUCAUAUAAUCUUUCAAACUCAAACUAAUGUUCAUGAAAUGAAAAUACCACUUUCAGAAAGAACAAACAGUAAUGCUGAACAAAAUUUAUAAUUGAAGGUUUUAUAUAUUUGUUUGAAAUUUUUAAAUUGUAAAAUCUUUAGAAAGUCUGUUGGGUUAUUCUUUUGCCAAACUACACACCACUUUGUAUCUGGAAAGAAGAUGUGAUAUUGUUUGUACUUAUAUGUGUCUAUAAAUUCCAAAGAUGGAUUAAUGACAGUAGCUGUUGUCUUUGAAAUGUGCAUAUUCUUGUGUCAGUGUACUGUAUUUUAGGAUGUGAUCUCAGUAGAUUGUGCCUACUUAAUAUCAACAUUACUGUGAAAUUUGUGAUUUUGUAACAUGUUCACCUUUCAUAUGUCCAUAUUUUCUUAAUAAACUCAAUUAUCUUUA